AUGUCGGUAUUCCUUGAUCAGAUUCACGACAAGCACGUAGUCCCCGGAGUGAACGUCUGCUUGUCAUUUCUGUGGUAUCUGUCGCAAACGGCCACUGGCAUGAAGUACGCCGAGGUCGUCGUACCUUGGGGGAAGCUUGUCAGAUAUUUGAACGGGAUUGCUCAAUUUCCGUUUGAAGAUAAGCUUGUUGAAGGAGACCAGAUGCCUUGGUCCAACGAUAUAGGAUGGACACCCGAGGACAUUCUGAUUCGUGGACAAAUCUGGAUUCAAUCGUUUUAUCCGCCUGGUUUCUUCGGAGAUUGCCCAACGGAAGAAGAUGAAUGCAACAUACCUCCGGCGACUUUCGAGAAAUCCAGAAGACACAGAUGUCUCUGGCGAGGAGUGAGACUUUCAAGUUUGGAACGAUGGAUUGAGUACGACAGAGACUCGCACAAAUUCUCAAUCACGCCGUUUGCCGAGGAAAUAGAAAACGAAGCCGAAGCCGAGCUUCACAGCCCAUUUGCUGACUAUGGAGAGCAUGAGGAGUCUGAGUGA